AUAACAUUGGAAAAACAUAAAACAUUGGCAUUAGAAGAAGAAAUUAUUUCUUUAAAACGAACCGUGACGGAAUGGGAAAAACGUCAUCGUGAUAAAGAAGCAGAAUAUUUUCAAUAUAAAGAAAAACAACGAACAGUACCAGAAGUAAAAUUACAAGCCAAUAUAAAUAUGUUAAAUUUAGAAAAAAAUGAACUUGAACGUCGAUUAGAACAAGCAAAUAUAGUGACAGAACGAUAUAAACAACAAUGGCAAAAAGUGGUAAGAGAAUUUCAACGAGUUAAACAACGUGAACAAGAACAAUCAAAAGUAACAGUGAUAAAACAACAACAAGAACUUGAACAUAUGAGAUUAAGAUAUUUGGCUGCUGAAGAGAAUGAAGUAGUGAAAGGUGAUCACAAGCAGUUGGAAGAAAUUAAAAAUGAAUUAAACAGGUAUAAUUAG